AAACACAAACGCAAGCACAAGCAAAACACAAAGAAGCUCAAGAAAGCUGAGGCAAGCCCAGAAGAAGAAAAAAAAAACUAGAAGGAGAGAUGGGAAGAAGCGAAGGCAGCACAAGCCCAGCGGCUGGGGGAGCCGCCUGCGCGUGCGCGGUCUGCGGCGGCGCCGCGGUGGUGUACUGCGCGGCGGACGCUGCGGCGCUCUGCAGCCCCUGCGACACCGCUGUGCACGCUGCGAACCUGCUGGCGUCGCGCCACGAGCGCGUGCCCCUUUCCAUGGUGACUGCUGCAUCCGGCGUGUACGACGACGACCUCUUCGCGCCCGACGACAUCGACGCGGCGUCGUCGUGGGCGUCGGCGCCUGCGCAGGGGCAGGGAAGCCCCCAGAACGGGAGCUCGUCGGCGAGCUUCACCACCGGCGACAGCGGCGCGGAGGGCAGGGGCCUGUUCGACCUGCUGUCCGACGUCGACUUCGCUGCCUGUGUCACGGGCGGCGGCGGCUACCUGCCGGACGGCGUGGCGCCCGUCGUCCAUCACGGCGCUGCACCUCUGUGGGCGCAGCCCGGUCUGGCCGCCGCCGCAUGGACGGCCACGUGGUCGCCCGCUGUCGUCGUCCCGGGCGCCGCCGUGGUCGCCGCGGCGGCGGCGGAGCGGGAGGCGAGGGUGCAGAGGUACCGCGAGAAGCGCGAGAGGCGCAAGUUCCAGAAGACCAUCCGCUACGCGUCCCGCAAGGCCUAUGCCGAGGCGCGGCCCAGGAUCAAGGGCCGCUUUGUCAAGCGCGCCGCCGGCACCUCCUCCUCCUCCUCCUCGGGUGCCGGCACAUCGGACAGCAUCGACGCUGCUGCCAAGUUCUGGCUCUCCUUCUCCGACGACGCCAGGGACGGCUUCUUCGUGGACGCCGGGGCCUACGGGGUCGUGCCAAGCUUCUAGAAAGUUUGUGCCUUGAAAAUUUAGGGGUCACACUCGCAUCACAGCGGGCAGCGCUUCUGGGCUUCUGGCGGUGGCGUUCGCCCAGUUUGAAGCAAGUUAAGCAACCGCCCUUCUCGUUUGUGUCGUGUCGUCUCGUCAUUCAUGUGAGCAGCAUCCGUGGUGAAAUUCCGCCAUCGCUAUUUUUAAAUGAUGGCGCGGAAUUUCGAUGGGUCAUCACCAGUUGGUGAACGAACUAGGGGAUUUAUUGUGUCUUGUAAGAUACAACUUUACUGGGUUGUCUAUCAAAUUCUGCGUUGGCUCAUCGUCAUCGCUUUACUGGGGCUAACAAUAUAGUUGUGGUGGAAAUCUGCCAUCCAUGCUUCCAUAGCAAGCUCUUAGAUGAUCGGAAUAAAAGGGGAUUUUGAUGGGCCAAUCAGGAAGUGGGUUUGGUUAAUCUAUAUAUGGAGCAUAUAGCUUAUGCAGCUGUUCAUCC